UCUCCACUUUGGAAAGGCAGGAGGGAGGCAAAUUCUAGCCUGGUGGGAAGGAAAAUGCCAUGUUAACUUAGAGAGAGUCAGGUUUCCAUUGAUGCUAGUUAAUGGAUAGUGUCCUGACAUUAGCAUUUGAGCUGAGUAGCAAAGGAGGACUGUAUGAUGGCUAGUUAUGUUGUCACUGACUGACUUAGAAAAUUCGAGCGAGAAGAGAUUUGGGUGGGGUGGGAGGAUAAUGAGUUUACUUUUGGACCUGUUGAUUCUGAGGUAUCUGUAAGACAUACAGGUUGAGAUCUUUAGCAGGCAAUUGGAUAUAUGACUGAAGAUCUGAUCAAUCACCUGAGAUUGUAAUAUUAAAUUUGCUAUAAAUUACUGUUAUAGUUUUAAAUGUGAUCUCCUACAUUAGGCAUCCUUUUUAGGGCCUGAACUAAACUGUCAAUUUUAAAUGUAUUUUAUGUCUAAAGAACGAGAGUACAGAAUUAUUAAAAGAAGCCCGCUUUCUUAUCUCUGCUGCAGAAUUCCACAAGACUACUCCACUCCAACCCUUCAUGAUCUGUGUGCCACGGUCCCCGCCCAGGAGCUCCCCAUUGACUUGCAGGUGGCUUCUCGCGUGUAUCAUACAGCCGACAAGAAAGGCCACAACACCGUAAUUAGAGUAUUUGGGACCUCUUUCUUUGAUGGUCACUAUACAGAUGAAGAGCAAAGAGUUAGAAUACUGCAAGGAAUUCCAGUUACGCGUGACAAUGAAGAACGUGGUGCCGUCCUUCCAGCAACACCAGGGAUACCACCUGAAUUGCCAGCAGGAACUAGACAGAACACUCACAAACCACACCUAGAACUCGCGGGAGAGGAAGUGUCUGCUUAUCCAGGAUUUACAAAGUUGUUUUGGAAUCUAACUUCACCCAAAUUCUCUGUUCCAGUAUCUGCCAUGAAGGAAACCGUAUAUCCAAAAUAUGAGAGUGUGCAAGCAAGCAGAAUUUUAAUUGAGAAAUUUACAUCUGAAAGCAAGGAAAGUGUUGUUACAUUUAAUCAGCGUAGAAGUUCUAGGUUUUUUUUCCUAAGAAAAUCUGCAUCAUUUGAAAAUAUCCGAAAGUGUUUCAGCACACAAUCUCCACAAUUAAAGAGAGUAAAGUCUGCAGUUGAGUUGAAGGAGGAAACCACAGCUCCGUUAGCGAUUAAAGAUGACACGCAAAGCAAUAUGAAAGAGAUGAUGAUUCAGAAAGCAAAGGAGUUGGAGCGUCGGGUGACUGAGCAAAAGGAAGCUGAGGAAUCCGCCUCUGUGAAAGAAAAUAUAGAUACUAUCUUAGACAGCAUUCAGGACAAAGGCAGUUUGAGAAACCUGUCUCUCUCUCUCAUUGAAGCAUCUAGACAAGCUGGCAUUAGUUACAUUGUUUAUCCCAAGAGAAAGAGCAUGAAACUGAAGAAAGGAUUGAAACCCAGUAAACUUACAGUUGUGUGUGAUGAGUUAUCCAAGCCUCCAAAAACUCUUAAAAGGUCUUGUUUAAUCAAUAAUGGUUAUAGUUUAAGAAAUGUAUUAUGGUUUUGUCCUUAAUUUUAUAAUUUACCCAUUGAAGAAUCUUUUUAUAUAUGUAUUUCCUAGACCCAUCUCUGAUACAAAUAAUUUAUCAGUCGGGGUUCCAGUAGUAAACAGAGCACAGUCAAGUUAGGAUAAUUCUAGGAAAGUGUAACAAAGGAGCAAUUUGCAAGGAUGUCAGGGCACAGGGAGACACAAAUGACAGAGAAAUAUCUUGGGGAUAGAAAUAAUACAGCCAAUGUCUACCCCUAAGUCUGAGAGGACAAAAAAAAAAAAGGUGCGGGGGUGAUUACUAUAACUUGGAAAAGAAGAAUUGUAUAGAAAGGAUUUCCUUGAAAGAAGUUACGAACUUUGGUCAAGGAUCGUGGCCUGUUUGAGGCAACCCUUCAGGAGGGAGCCAGAGGAAUAAAUAUUUGACUUCACUCUCCUUGCCUUUUUGGGGCUCCUGAUUGGACAUACUUGAGAGAACCGCAAGGGCCCUGUGGAUGUACCCUGUACAGACUAGUACUCCAGGGCAAAGAGCAAGGGAGGAGAGUAGUGUUAUUAAAGAUGUGAGACCUCAUCAUGUAGAGUCUUGUAGCCUAUGGUGGAGAGCUUGCUUUGCGUUCUGGGUAGUAAGGAAAUCUUUUAGAAAGAGUAACAUGAUUGGUUUAAGUUUUUUAAAAAAAAAAAACCGCUCCGGUUGCCACAUGGAGAAUGGAUGAUGAAAGACCAAGAGUAGAAGCAGGGAGUUGAGACAUUAUUGUACUCUAGGCAGAAGAGAUGAUGGUGGCUUGCAUUAGAAUGUGGAGACGAGCGGGAAGCGUCACAAAGUAAGGGAAGGGAGGGGUAUUGACUUUUCACUUUUAUUCUCCAAAUUUUAGCACUAGGUCUUUCUCAUAGUACACACUCAGUAAAAUAUUUAUGAAAUGAUGGGGUUUAAUUUUUUUUCUUUCCAAUGGGAUAUGUUUAUUCUCUUUUGUGUAGUCAGUACAGUUAGCACACAGUAAAUAUUACUGAAUAAAAACUGUGUAUAUAAUGGAGAAUUUGAGGAGGAUAAUCCUAGAAAUGGAGCAUUUGAGAGCAUAUUAGAAGUCAUCUAAUUUAAUAGUCUACUCAAGAAAGGUGGAGUCUGGGACGUUUGUUUGGCAAUCUACUAUGAAGUCAGACUUUCAUUCUUCCCGUUUCCUCAAGUUCAUGUCCUUACCAACCAUUUGGAUGGCAUCUCCUUUCUCACAUCAAGUUUUACCUCCUUUGCAUUUUCUCUGGUUGUGGGGUGGGGGUGUAAAUUAAACUGAAAGGAGCACUGACCCCUUAUUUCAGUUCUCUACAAAGGCUACAUCUUUAGUAACAGUCUCCUGAUUUUAUAAACUCUAGAGAGUCUUCAUAUGAUGUUAAUGAACAGGAAGACUUUGUAUAAAAAUAGCAUGUGAUUUUAUUUCAAUAACAAAUAGUAAUUUUGUCUGUGGCUGAGUUGUUUUAUUGAUUAUAAAAAUAAUUGUAUUUUUGUAAUUUAAAAAUCACUCUUUUAAAAACUAGAUCAAUGUCUCACGGAAUCCUUCCAGAACAGAAGAAAUUUCUGCUCAAAGUUCCAGUAUAUGAACGUCAGUUUCGGUGUCCCAGCCUACCUUUGUAUUUAAAUUUUGACAAAUUUGCCCAAAGUAAGGGAGGUAUUCCAAAGAAUAGUGAUCCUCGAACAUGGGCUCUUGAAAUGUUCUCUAAGCCUAAACGUGAGAAGACAACCACAAGGGAGAAAGUUGUUAAAAUAUCUGUUGAUAAAGACUUUCCUGAAAGAGUGAAGAAGCCGCCAAAACUAGAGUUGAGUGAUUGUCUGAAGUCUGAUCUUCCUCCAGAGGUCGUCAGACAUUAUGAAUCCGAAGUGAAGAUCUUGACUGAAGAGAUAAAUAUGAAGAAGAAUUAUCCUGCAUUUUUAUACUGUAGGCGUGGAGCUCUUUACAGGAAAUUGGGAAAAUUACAGAGUGCCAUGAAUGAUCUUCAGAAAGUAAGUUUUAUCGAAUCUAACAAUACUAAAAUUUACUCUUACUUAUAUUUGUAUAUUGACUUUUACUAGAAUUUUGAACAGUGAAUAUUUGUAGUAUACAUGUGGGAUUGUGAAAGUAUAAUUGCUGGCAUUUUCAAAUAAUUAACAUUAAAAACACUAGAUUUUGUUUGUCAGAUUGGGAAGCAUCAUUUUAUACUAUAUGCAUACAAAGCCAUUGGGAUCAAUAAUGUUUGAAAAUUUAUUUGAUAGGAUAUCUUCCCUUAAUAAAGCAAUUUAAAUUGAAUUUAUACAUUUAUUUUCUAGGCUAUACUCUUGGAGCCAUUGUUUCUCAAUGCCUAUUGGCACCGACAUUUCAUUUAUCUUUUCCAAGACAAAGUUAAUGAAGCUUUGGAUGACUUGAAUUAUAUAAAUAAAUAUAAUAAAAAUAAUGCAGGUGGGUUGUCUGUGCAGUUAUAUUACUUAUAUCUUUACCUAAGAUUUGGUCAUUUAGUGUUAUUAUAAAGAUACAUAAUUCAAGACAUGUAGAAAGUGAUUGUGACUUUCUAAGAUAAAUUUAUUCUUGACAUUGUAAAUU